UAUUCAUUUCUCCAUUUUUUUUCAAAUUGCAUUACCUCAUAAUAACGUCGCAGGUAUUACAUGUUCUGUAAAGUGACACAGCAGGUGACUGACACUUCGUCUUGCAACAGGCUCUGACAUGAGAGGAUCCAAACUGUUUUCUGAGCUGAUCACUCAGACGCCGGCGAGCCACUCUGACACUUUUCUUUAAGACAAGGACGCUUCUGAGCUAAAUAUAUUCCUAACCAGUAUCUAAUCAAACACACGCUACUUUUCCGUGAUGAUGUUGUGCUCCCGCUUGCGGCCGUCGCUGCCUCAUCUGCUGUCCAUGAGGCUUGUGGGUACCGUGGCCUCCAGGACCGUAGCGGUCAAGCAGCCCCCGCUUCUCUCUGCCACUCUGGCCUUCGAGGAUCCCAGCGCCUUCCGGGUGAAGAGCUUUGGUGAGCUGAUCCGUGCUCUGGGCAUCUUCCACUUCUGCUCGUUUCCAGUGCUGGUUAACAACUGUGGAAAGCUGAUGUCGGUUGCACGCACCCUCCUGGGAAGGAGAGGCUUCUCCUUGCUGCUGCGGCCCACGGUGUAUGCCCAAUUUGUGGCUGGGGAGAAUGAGAGUGAGAUCUCUCGGUCCAUGGAGAAGAUGAGCUUGCUGGGACUGAGGCCCAUGCUGGCUGUGCCUAUUGAGGAAGACCUGGGCGAGAGCACAGGAGAGAAAAGGUAUGAGGACAACAUGGAGGCCAUGCUGGAAUGCGUGCGAAUGUCCCACAGCAACGCCUGGAGCAAAGACCCGAUGAUGCAGCUGAAGAUCACCGCCCUGCUCAGCCCGGAGCUGUGUGUAAAACUCACAACCCUCAUCGCUCAACAACCGUAUGAUCUGAAUCUCCUCGUCAGAGCAAUGGAUGGAGAGCCAAUCACGUUCCCUGGUUUGGAUGAAAAGGAGAUGACCCACUUCCUGUGUGGUCUGCGGAGACUCAACAAAAUAGCUGAGGCAAGUGUGAACAAAGUUCGAGUCCUGGUUGAUGCCGAGUACACCUACAUGAACCCUGCCCUCUCUCUUGUCACCAUGGCGAUGAUGAAGAAGUUUAACAAAGAUGGCGCCUGGAUCUGGAACACCUAUCAAUGUUACCUGAAGGAGUCCAGGUCUCUGCUGUUAGAAGCUCUGCAUCUGUCCAAGAGCGAGGGUUUCUGUCUGGGCGUCAAGCUGGUGAGAGGGGCCUACAUGGACAAGGAAAGAAAGCUAGCAGAGAAAGAAGGUCGCCACGACCCAGUCCACCGGUGCUGGGAGGACACCAAUGACAGCUACAACGGCUCCCUGGAUGUGAUGCUGGAAGUCAUAUCCCAGAAACCUGAGCGCUACAGGAUCAUAGUCGCCACUCACAACGAGGAGUCAGUGAGGCGAGCUGCUGAACGAAUGGGAGAGCUCGGGAUAGACAAAGACGGGGGCUCUGUGUGUUUUGGCCAGCUGCUGGGCAUGUGUGAUCACGUCUCCCUCACACUGGCUAAGGAGGGUUAUGCCGUGUAUAAGUCAGUGCCGUACGGCUCAGUGGAAGACACACUCCCGUACCUGGUGCGACGGGCUCAAGAGAAUCGCACAGUGCUGCAGGGAAUCAGAAAAGAGAGGGACCUUCUGAGGAGAGAACUCAGCCGGAGAGUGAGACUGAGAGGAGGCAGCUAACACACCACCAGCACCGAGGGAACAGGAGAGGAAUUAGAGCCAGCGUGUUUGUGUAAACCUGGCUGUGAAACCACUGGAAGUGGAAGCAUCAUCUGUGAUCUAGAUUUCUAGAUGGAUUUACUUCAGUUGAGUUUUUCCUCAACAAAACAUUAUCAACAAGAUUUUUUUUUCUUUUUUUGAUAAGGGAGGCAUUGCUACAUGUACAUGUAGCAAUGCAAAUAUUUGUGAAGGUGUUUCAUUCAAUCACGUGCCUCCAUGUUGUGUUGACAAAUGUGAUCAAAUAAGAGUCAAACUAAAUACAUUUUAGUGUCAUGAGUAGAAAAUGCUUUUUAUUUUUCUUAACUCUAGUUUGUGGACAAAUGUAAACUACCCUGAGGCCAUUUCCCAGGCCAGUACUGAUAAGACUGAAGCCAGGUGGAUGGUGUGACCUCAUGUUAAUGAUUUCUGAUCAGGAGUCUGACACUAAGAGCUUGAGUCGAUUUUAUUUUUUGUUUAAAUAAAAAUAAAAUAAUGCUUUGUACUGAACGUGGGUCAAACAAAUAAAUCUGACAAAAUUUA